AUGUCAAGUGACGAUCGAGAAAAGGGAAUUAAACGCUUCGAUGGAAGCGACGAGGACAGCGGCAGACAGCUCAGAAGGUGGAAAGCCUGGACUCAAGCCAAGAUGGCGACGAUGAAAGAUUUCUCGCCUAAACAGGCGGGACCGUGGCUGUUCACCCUUUUGGACGGCAAAGCCCUGGAUGCAGUGGAGCAUCUAACACUGGAAGAGUUGUCCCAAGAAAAUGGGGCGAAGACAGUGUUCGAGCUUCUGGCGGCCCGCUUCCCGGAAAAGGAGAAGCAUGACCAGAUGGGCGAGGCUCUUGGAGAAGUGUUCGGGCUAGCAGCGAAGGAGUCUGAAACGGUUCAGCAGUGGACGGCUCGGGUCAAGGAGGUCUUCGAGAAGUGCCGCCGAAAGGCGGAUGUUGCCUUUCCUGGCCCAGCUCAGGGCUGGAUCAUGUUGAACUGUGCCGGGUUGACGGAGGAGCAGAAAGCCAUCGUCAAGGCGAAGGCGCAAGGCAGCCUAGAUGUGGAGCAGAUCUCCGCCUCCUUCCGAUCCUUCUUUCCGAUGUACAAGGCAGGUGGCAAGGCUCGAAGGCCAGUCUCGACUCUGGUGGUUGAGCCGGAGGACCAAGACCACGAGGAGUCCGUCGGCCAGCUGGACCACGACUUCGCAGACGUGGAGGCCUUCCUUGCCGACCACAACCUCCGGGACAACGCUGACGACGAGGUGUUGGACGAGGAUGAAGCAGCUGAAGCACUCGCUGUGACGUGGCGGGAGCGCAGACAGGAGAUCUCUCGACUACAGCGUGGCCGAAAGUUUGCGGACUCGCAGGGUGCCCGCAAAUCCUUUCGUGUAGAGAUCGAGGAGCUGAAACGCCGUACCAGAUGCCGCAAAUGCGGCAAGGUGGGACAUUGGCAGAAAGAAUGCCGAUCCUCCACCAACGCCAAGGGUGCCUCCAAGGGUGCUACAUCGUCGGCAUCGGCCUCGGCAGACGUUCACUUCGUGGAGCACCGACCGGAUGCAGCCCACGAAGUCUCUUUGGCUCAGUCUCAUCCAGAAGAAGGCUCCUUCAACUUCGAUGUCACCUUUGUGGGCGCUGCUGAGUGUUGGGCAGAACCACCUCAGCAUCCAGAGGCCCUAGCUGCAGGUCUGGUCUCCUCACCAGGCUUCGGAGUGAUAGACUCCGGCUGCGGAAGGACUCUUAUCGGACAAAGGACUCUCGAGGUCUUCCAGAACAAGCUGUCUGGGUACACCAAGCAGAUGGUGGAAGAGUACGAGACCAUGAACAUGUUCCGCUACGGCAACGGGGCGACAGAAGUUUCCCGCAAGGCAGUUCGUCUUCCAGUGGCUAUUGGUGGUCGCUGUGGCUUGAUAGACGCAGCUGUUAUAGAAGGACAAGCCCCCUUGCUAUUGGGACGCCCCACUCUUGAGAAGCUUCGGGCACAGUUAAACUUUCAGGACAAAACCCUUAGCCUGCUGAACCUUCCCAAUCCCUUGCCUAUGAAGACAAACAGUGCUGGCCAGCUUUUGCUGGAUGUCCUGGACUUUCCGCCUCCAGGUGAAGCCCUCGAGCAUCAACGCGAGAGCAGGACGGCAGUGGCAGAGUUGUUUUCACCACCCCGUUUUGCAGUUGAAGCCAGACGGUACACCCCCGAAUUCGUAAAAGCAGCGUGGUCCAGCAUUGGCCCUGAUGCCGCAGAACUCACCUUCGCACCCGGUGAGCCCAUUAAUUGGUCAGAACUUCAGUGUGAAUGCUUGGCAGGUGAAGAAGCGGAAUCUCCAGAAGAGAUUGCGCCAGGCGGCCAACCGGAGGCCGAACAGGCUGAAGCGCAGGCAGACCCCCAGAGGAUAGCUAAGAUUGAUCAAGCCCUUAAGCGUUUGCAUGCCAACCUCGGGCAUCCCUCAUCUAAAGAGCUAGUCCGCAUUCUUAAGCACAGCCGCGCCUCAGACCUUGCUGUACAGAGAGCUUCGCAGCUGGAGUGCUCAGUGUGCGCCAACCAACAGAGACCAGCUGCUCCACUCCCCGCGAAGGUUUCCCCCAUUAGGACCUUUAAUGAACUUUUGGGUUUGGAUGUUAAGUACCUCCCCGGAUGGUUGCCCCAGCAAAAGAUUGCAUGUGCCAACUUUGUGGACAUGGCCACCUCGCUGCAGAUCAUGACACCGUUGUUUAAGAGGGAGACCGGUGAACUGUUGGUGGACGCCCUGCGUGACCGUUGGAUUGCAUGGGCUGGACCGCCUGAACGCCUGGUGCUAGAUCCCUCUCGACCCAAUCUUUCUGUAGCCUUAGGUGAGUUUUGUAACAAUCAGGGUGUGGACAUGCAACAAACAGCAGCAGAAGCGCCGUGGCAGAUAGGUCGUGUGGAAAGGCACGGGCAGUGGUUUCAACGUAUUCUCGCUAGAGUCAUAGAUGAGAUGCAGCCCACAAAUGAACGUGAGUGGUUGUCGUGCGUUUUCCACACGCAAUCGGCAAAGAAUAGUCUCCUUACGGAAGCUGGUGCAAGUCCGUAUCAAUUGGUGUUCGGUAGGAAUCCGCGGGUUCCCUCAGACUUGCUUCAAGAUGCUCCUCACGCCCCAGCCUCCGAUGCCGCUGAGCUGGACGAUGUGGCCUCAAGAGCCAAUGCCAUUCGGCAGUCCGCCCGCCGAGCCAUGCUCCAAUGUCAGGAUGACCGAGCUCUGCGAGCGGCUCUUAAACAGCUUCGAUUGGCUACCCCAGACGAAGCCACGGUAGCAGACUUCCCCCAGAACGAGCUACUCGGCAUCAAGAACUUGUUGGAGCGUGGCCAGUUUCCCAAAGCACAAUUCGAAGACUUGGUGCAACAGACACCACCUCCUGCAGGAGAGGCAGCCUCGUCUGAGAUAGGCGAUCGCGCCUCCGAGCGGUCAGAUCCUCCUGCUUUGAAUGCUGCUCAGUGUCUGGAUCGUGCCAGAGAUGCAGAAGCAUCGUCAGAACAUCCUAGGCCGGAAAGCAGUGACUCUGUAAUGCCAGCUGACACAAGUGCCCCCAAAGACUCUGAAGGCUCAGGAUCGGGAUAUGGUCCUGUCCGCCGACUCACCGGUAAGACCAGACCGGAGCCCGUGCUUGUCAGACCUCUAGCCAUGCAACCAGAGGCCUUUGUGGAGAUGAUGACAGAGAUGGUUCCUCGCAUGAUUGAGGAACAAGUCUCAGCAGGUUCCAGCAACGAUGCCCCGUCCUCCGGUGCCACAGCUAGCUCGGCCCCAGCUCAUGUUAGCCCUAGAGACAGCGCCGCUAAGCGUGAAGCUAGCAACGAACCAGAG